CGCUCCGCUGAGGAAACCUCUCGUUUUCCGCGCAGAGCUCUUCCAGGACUUGGGCAGGCUCCAGGAGACCUGGCUGACAGAAGCUCAGGUUCCAGACGGUGAUGAGCAAUUUGUGCCUGACUUUCAUUCAGAAAACUUAGCUUUUCACAGUCCUCCUGCGAAGAUCAAAGAGGAGCCGCAGAGUCCCUGCUCGGACCCCGCGCUGUCCUGCACCCACAAGCAGCCGUUCCAGUACCACAGUGGCAAGCAGUGCCUUUACAGCAGUGCCUAUGAUCAACCCAGACAAGUUGGAAUCAAGUCUCCCAACCCAGGAACCCCAAUACAGUCACCGUUUCAACAGUUCCCAAGACAGGACAGAAGCUUCCUCACCCCUGCAGGGCCACCACAUCCCACAUCCAGCUGUGGAUACCCCAACGAAAACAGCUCUGUGUACCAGCCACCUGUGGAGAUGUGCCGUUCCUUCCCCUCCUCCCAGGGCAUAGCCCAGGAAGACCCUAUUGCCUACCAGCGCCAGACGUCCGAGCCCUGCCUCCCAUACCCUCAUCAGGGCCUCAAGCAGGAGUACCAGGACCUGCAGUAUGAGCAAGGCAGCCAGAUGGGCAGCAGCCGCCGGUACCCAGCAGCUCUGGUGAUCAAGCAGGAGCAGGUGGACUACGUGUACGACUCAGACGUUCCUGGCUGUCCUUCCAUGUACGUAAAUGUGGAGAGCUACCCAAGCCACUCAAAUACAGAAGAUACAUUAGGCUGCAGCUAUGACAAGCAGAUGAGGUCCUUCACCGAUGACGUCUGUGUUGUUCCAGAAAAAUUUGAAGGAGACAUCAAGCAGGAAGGCGGAGGGUACCGGGAAGGACCCCCAUACCAGCGCCGGGGAUCUCUCCAGCUCUGGCAAUUCCUUGUGGCUUUAUUAGAUGACCCAACCAAUUCCCACUUCAUUGCCUGGACGGGUAGAGGGAUGGAGUUCAAGCUCAUUGAGCCAGAAGAGGUAGCCAGGCUGUGGGGUAUCCAAAAGAACCGUCCAGCCAUGAACUAUGACAAGCUGAGCCGAUCCCUUCGCUACUACUAUGAGAAAGGCAUCAUGCAGAAGGUGGCCGGGGAGCGCUACGUCUACAAGUUCGUGUGUGAGCCCGAAGCCUUGUUCUCUCUGGCCUUCCCCGACAGCCAGCGGCCAGCGCUGAAGGCAGAGCUGGACCGGCAGGUCAGCGAGGAGGACACGGUGCCUCUGUCGCACCUGGAUGAGAACGCCCCGUAUCUGCCAGACCUUGGGAGCCUCCCUCCACAGCACUACAGCAAGGGCUACACGUACUAGCGGUGCUGGGAGCACACCUGCCCCCCUUGCUUGUGUACAGUAGAAGCCUGGUUAGUAUUCAAUCAGUGUAAGCAGUUUUCUGGGCCAGCCUGGGGCGGCACUAAACUGUGAAUACCUGCUUUGGUCAGGAAAA